AUGAUCUUAACCAACUCUGUUCUUUUGACCUUCGCUGGAGCGACCCAUGUCGCGUCGCAGUCGUUCCAGCAGACGCCUGUUAUGGGUUGGAACUCCUACAACCAGAUGUCAUGUAGCCCAAACACCCAGAAGAUCACCACCACCAUUAACUCGCUUGCGAGUCGCGGUUUCGUCGAUGCUGGCUACAAGUUCUUCCAGAUCGAUUGCGGAUGGGCUUCAAGAGAUGGACAACGGAACGCUACUAGCGGUGCACUGAAGGUGGAUCUGAAAGCCUUUCCGGGUGGGUUGAAGCCUUUGAGCGACCUUGCAAGGUCAAAGGGCAUGAAAUGGACAAUGUACUCGGAUGCCGGUGUGAGAAUGUGCGACCCAGAGGCGCCGAGCCCUGUCUUGGGCUCAUUAGGUCAUGAAGCUGCCGACGCGGAUUUCUUCAAGACGCUGAACACUGAAUACGUCAAGUAUGACAACUGCUACGCCGACGGGCCUGCAGCUAGCCAGAACGCUCCCAAGAACGCCAGAACCGAUUUCGUCACCCGAUUCGGUGUUAUGUGGAAGGAGCUACAACGAGUCGGUAUCCCAGGAAUGUUAAUCUGCCAAUGGGGUGUUCCUUUCACGACCUCUACAGGUCUCCAGGGACCCGCUCAAUGGACGAAGCCCAUCUCGACAUCCUUCCGACUAUCGGACGACAUUACAUCAGGUUGGGCGUCCAUGUUCCGCAUCUACAACCAAGCUGUGCAUAUCGCCAAGUCUGGUCUAGUCGCUCCAGGACACAUCGCCGAUGCUGAUCUGCUCAUGGUCGGCAACUCUGGUAUGUCAUUCGACGAGCAAGCUACGCACUUCGCCGCGUGGGCUAUGCUGAAGUCCGCGCUCAUGGUCUCGACCGACGUAGCGGCUCUGUCGAACGAACUCGUCGCUGUUCUGCAAAACAAAGACCUGAUUGCGAUCAACCAAGACUCCGCUGUCAAGCCGGUCACUCUCCGUCAGCGUUGGAGCGGGGACCGCGACCUUUGGGCUGGCGACCUCGCCAAUGGAGACAUGGCCGUCUUGGUCGUAGACCUCAGCAACACUGCGCGUACGCUGAGCCUGCAGCUAUCCGAACUCGACAUCGCAUCGGCAUCGAUCAAAGAUCUCUGGACGGGUAAGACUGUCAGCGAGGCUUCCCUCUCCAAGCAAGUCAAAGCGCACGGAUCUCUCGCCAUCCGCCUCUCGAACAUUCGCCGCUCGACAGCUGCUAAACCUACUUACAAGUACGUCUCUGCAUCGACAGGCUCCCUCUCCUCGGGCGCAUCCACCCAGUCCUGCUCCGGCUGCACCUCGUCCAACAAAGUCGGCAACCUGGGCGGUUCGUCGAACGGUCGCGUAACGCUCUCCAACAUCCGCACCUCCAAAGCGACACAAACAGUGUACUUUGACUACAUUAACGGCCAGGUCGACUACAUGGGCGGCAGCAACGAGCGUGUCGCAUCGGUUAGCGUGAACGGAGGCGCGGCAAAGACCGUCAGCUUCCCUCUGAGCGGAUACAACUGGGACAAAGAUGUAUACAAGAACUACGGCGUCGAGUUGUCGGGUUUCAGCACCACGGGUACCAAUACCAUCACCAUCUCUGGUGUUGGAAGUGCGUACGCGCCGGAUGUUGACAGGAUUGGUGUGAUCGCGUAG